CACGUGACUGGUAAACAAAGUCCGCCAGGUGUGCAUGACGCGGUGAGCGCCACAGGCGAGCUUCUGGCGCCAUCUUGUGGAGUCCGUCUGACAACAUGGCGUCACUGGUCCACUCUCUCCGCCACCACUCGGACGAGGUGAGCUGCUGCGCCUUCUCCGCGGCGCUGCUGGCCUCCGGUUCGGGAGACAAGACCCUGCGGCUGUACGACACCUCGGACUUCUCGGAGCUGCCCUACUCUCCUCUGUCGGGUCACGGCUACGGAGUCCGCAGCUGCUGCUUCAGCGCCUGCGGCGACUUCCUGCUCAGUUGCUCCGCGGACGGCUCCACGCUGGUGUGGCGGGCGAUUACGGGCGAAGUAGCCGCCGAGCUGCUGCACCCGAAGCGGAGCGCGCUCCGCGCCUGCGCGCUGGCUCCCGACUCCUCCCUGCUGCUGGCGGGGGGCAGUGAUAGCUCGGUGGUGCUGUGGGACUUCCGCUCCAGAACGCUCCUCAGCUGCAGGACGAUCAGCGAGGCCAGCGUUGUGUCCUGCUGCUUCUCUCCCUGCAGCCAAAUGUUUGUGACCGGCUGCACUCAAGGAGAUCUCAGACUCUGGGAUGUCAACGGCGGCCUGCUUCAUGCCGAGAAGGAUGCGCACGACCUGGGAGUCACCUGCUGCUGCUUUGCACCUCAAUACAGUGUCGAUGACGGCUGUUUGGACUUCAGAAUGGCCUCCUGUGGACAAGACAGCCAGUUGAAAAUUUGGAUGGUCUCUCAGCGCGGCGCUGCAGAAUGUGCCAUGAAGCUACUUCACACUCUCACCAGCCAGUCUGCUCCGGUACUGUCGUGCGCCUUCUCCUAUGAUGGUGAAGUAGUCGUGUCAGGCUCAGUGGAUAAGACCGUGGCAGUGUACGACGCGGCCCGGGGAACCCUGCUCCACACGCUCAGGCAACACGACAGGUACGUGACUGCCGUUGCCAUGUCUCCCACCAUGCCUUGGAUUGCGACCGGUUCCAUGGACCGGACGGUGAAUGUGUGGAGAAUUGGCGAAGCCCAGAGACCUGAGGCCGAAUCAAAGGCGACAGUGGAUGAAGGACGGCGACUGCAGGACCGCAGGCGGCUGCAGCUCCACGACUGGUCGGAGGAAGACGUGCAGGCUUGGAUGUGUGAAGAAGGGCUGGAGGAGCUGGUGGGCAUCUUCAAAGCCAACAACAUGGACGGAGCAGAACUCAGCGAGCUGACCAAGGAGAGCGUGGCCGAGCUGGGAGUAGAGUCGCUGGGGCUGCGCGGUCGACUGCUGAGGAAAGUCCAAGCCCUGAAGGCGGAGCACAGCAACUCCGACUUCCCAGACGAGUUCCUGUGUCCGAUCAGCAGAGAGCUGAUGAAGGAUCCGGUCAUCGCAGAAGAUGGAUAUUCGUACGAACGGGAAUCCAUCGAGAGCUGGAUCAAAGGACAGAACAAGAGAAGUCCGAUGACCAACCUGCCUCUCAAAACCACCCUGCUGACGCCCAACAGGUCCCUGAAGACAGCCAUCCAGAGGUGGAGGGCCACUCAGUGACGAGGAUGAGUACAGGAAGUUGUAUUGUAAAUAAUGGCUGUAAUACAAACCAUUUCCUGAAUCAUGGCGGCGCAUCCAAGGACUCAUGACACGAGGUGGAUUUCUCCUCUCGGGGAGGGUUUAUUUCUCUCCCACGGCGGCGAUGCCGGACAACAGUAUAUGAUCACAGCUGAUGAAGCUCACAAUGCUGACCACAGGGCAACGAUUGCGUCACACGAACAUGAUCCAGUCGCAGCUCUUCUACGUAACUGCCGCAUGCGCUUACACACCCAGAACUGAGGAUCAUAAAAUGUCUUAGUAGCUGUGCAAAAAUAACUAUAGAAAAUAUAUUGCUCUUACAAUUAAGCCAUUAAAUAAAUUAAACUAGGUGGUGACACAAGCCGAUA